CGUGAUACAGCCUUUUCCGGUUAAUUCGUUGAACAUGGCAGUCGGCAAAAAUAAAGGUCUUUCCAAGGGAGGAAAAAAGGGUGGUAAGAAGAAGGUAGUAGAUCCCUUUUCACGCAAGGACUGGUACGAUGUCAAAGCACCGAAUAUGUUUCAAACCCGUCAAAUCGGUAAAACGCUUGUCAACCGCACCCAGGGACAAAGAAUUGCCUCGGAUUACUUGAAGGGUCGCGUGUUCGAAGUGUCUCUGGCUGAUCUGCAGAAAGACAUCGAUCCUGAGCGUUCGUUUCGUAAGUUCCGUCUUAUUGCUGAAGACGUACAGGACCGCAACGUUCUGUGCAACUUCCAUGGAAUGGAUUUGACUACCGAUAAAUACAGGUCCAUGGUGAAAAAGUGGCAAACACUUAUUGAGGCCAUAGUUGAGGCCAAAACCGUUGAUGGGUAUCUGUUGCGUGUUUUCUGCAUUGGAUUUACUGCAAAAGACCAACAGUCUCAGCGUAAAACUUGCUAUGCGCAACAGUCUCAGGUCCGUAAGAUUCGCGCACGUAUGACUGACAUCAUAACUAAUGAAGUCAGUGGGGCUGAUCUGAAGCAACUAGUUAACAAAUUAGCUCUGGACUCAAUUGCAAAAGAUAUUGAAAAGAGUUGUCAACGCAUUUAUCCUUUACAUGAUGUUUACAUCCGUAAAGUGAAGGUGUUGAAGAAGCCUCGUUUUGACGUAUCCAAACUUCUGGAGUUGCAUGGUGAUGGUGGCGGAAAAACUACAGAAGCCGUCGUAUCUGCUGAAGGCGCUGUGGUCGACCGUCCCGAAGGUUACGAACCACCCGUACAGGAGGCAGUCUAAGCUGGAUAUGCAUUUUGUUUAUUGUAUUGCAUUCAGAGAGCAUAUAAUAUAUAACUCUACGUUUUGUAGAACAUCA